AUGUCGACGGGAAAUGACGUGGUUCACUGGUGCUUUCUGUCCGCAAGCGAUCGAUGCUCUCACUCAUCUCUCUAUUUUUCUUUCUUCUUCUCUAUCUCCUUUUAUAUCGCCUUUUCUUACAGCAUCUGUUUCAUUUCUCUUUCUUACCUUUAUUUAUUACCUUACAUUCGCUUUCUUUCUUUCUUUCUUUCUUUCUUUUUUCUUAUCCAUUUUUUUCUUCGGACCAAAAGUUAUCCUCUAUUAUCCUCUCUUCUUUUUCUAUCAUUGUCUUUUUUACUUUCUUCAUUUUCCUUUCUUUCUUUCUUUCUUUCUUUCUUUUUCUUUCUUUUUUCUUUCUUUCUUUCUUUCUUCUCCAUCUUUUUCUGUCCGGCUCUUCGGGCCAAAAAUUAUCCCCUAUUAUCCUCUUUUCUUUUUCUAUCAUUCCCUUUUUUUUACUUUCUUCAUUUCAUUUCUUUUCUUUCUUUCUUUCUUUUUUUUUUUUUUUUUUUCUUUCUUUUCUUUCUUUCUCCAUCUUUUUCUGUCCGGCUCUUCGGGCUAAAAAUUAUCCCCUAUUAUCCUCUUUUCUUUUUUCUAUCAUUCCUUUUUUUUUUUACUUUCUUCAUUUCGGUUCUUUCUUUUCUUUUUUUUUCUUUUUUUUUUUUUUUUCUUUUCUUUCUUUCUUCUCCAUCUUUUUCUGUCCGGCUCUUCGGGCCAAAAAUUAUCCCCUAUUAUCCUCUUUUCUUUUUCUAUCAUUCCCUUUUUUUUUACUUUCUUCAUUUCGGUUCUUUCUUUCUUUCUUUCUUUCUUUCUUUUUCUUUCUUUUUUCUUUCUUUCUUCUCCAUCUUUUUCUGUCCGGCUCUUCGGGCCAAAAAUUAUCCCCUAUUAUCCUCUUUUCUUUUUCUAUCAUUCCCUUUUUUUUUACUUUCUUCAUUUCGGUUCUUUCUUUCUUUCUUUCUUUCUUUCUUUCUUUCUUUCUUUCUUGCCCAUUUUUUUCUGUCCGAAAACGUGCUAAAAUUAUCCCCUAUUAUCCUCUUUUCUUUUUCUAUCAUUCCCUUUUUUUUUUACUUUCUUCAUUUCGGUUCUUUCUUUCUUUCUUUCUUUCUUUCUUUCUUUCUUUCUUUCUUUCUUUCUUGCCCAUUUCUUUCUGUCCGAAAACGUGCUAAAAUUUUCCCCUAUUAUUCUCUCUUCUUUUUCUAUCAUUGCCUUUUUUUUUACUUUUGUUCAUUUCCGUCUCUUUCUUUAUUUUUUCUUUCUUUCUUUUCUUGCCCAUUUCUUUCUUUCUUUUUCUUUUCCUCUUUCUUUUCUUUUCUUUCUCUUUCUUUAUUUAUCAUUCUCUUUUCAUUCUUUUCUUUUUUCUUUCUUUUUCUUUCUCCUUUCAUUUUUCAUUUUUAUUUUUUUCGCCUCUUUCUUUUCUUUCUUUCUUUCUUUCUUUCUUUCUUUCUUUCUCUUUUCUUGUUCUUUUUUUGUCUUUAUUUCUUUUUUCUUUCUGUUUCUUUCUACUUAAUUUGUCUGGGUGGGGAUCUUUCCAAGGAGGAAUUAUUUCUAGACAUAACUCACCUUUCACUAUCAUUUUGUUGCUUCUCCCAAUUUUCCUUAAGUUUUUUUUUAUCUUCAUCACUCAAAUUUCUCUCUUUCUUUACUUAUUAUUAUCUUUUUUUCUCUCCCGCUUUCUUCCCACCUCCACCUUUAUACGGUAAAACAGCGCCAUUCCGGGUAAUUUAUUCAUUUGAAUUGCGUUGCUUUUACGACGCUGACUCUUUGGUCUCUGAUUGGUUCCUCCUUAUGUAUUCAAUUUAA